UGACUUCUGGCUGGGAGCAAGCUGCGCGGAUGGACCCCACAGUGGGGCUGCGCUUGGACAACGUGCCAAACAUUGACAACGUCAUCACCAUUUUUCAACUCCACGGCGCCACAGACUCCAGAGCUGUCUCAACUCGGCUUCCAUCGCGCAAAAAUGGAGGCUCUUUCUGGAGAGCUGGAGAAGCUGCGCCUGCGGUAUGAUGAAGGACGCGACGGCGACGCCUGGAUAGACACUAUUGCAGGCGAGCAGCGACCGCCCAAACGACAAAGGAAGACGAAGGAAACGAUCAAGAAAGAAUUGGAACACGAGUUCCUGACCCCUUCGCGCUCUUUCAACGCGCAAUGGUUAAACCAGUUGCAGCAAAGAUGGGAGACACCGACCAAUUACCGUGGUCUCUUCCAAAUCGCUCCUACUCAGACUCGCACUAUCAUCCGCUUCACUCGAGAGGGUCUCGAAGGCCGCGUCACAGGAUAUAAAGAGGUCACUGUCCCCGCAAACUCAGCGACUGCGAAAAACUCCACGUCCCUCCUGAGAAAGCCUGCCAAUCGGGCCGAGUUUGUUCGUGGAGCGGCCGGCUUCUUCCCAUUCGCACCUGGAGGUUUGGACGGUGUCGAAGCCAUCGCAGCAAUCGAAGACAAAGCGAUCUUAAAGGAAGAAGGCUCUAACGCGAAGAAGACUGGGGGGCUCGAUCGUGUAAUUAACUUCAGCGCCGAGGGUGGCCUUUUGGAGAUCGCGCCCGGAUUUACGCGCGGCUUGGAUUUCAAGCAAAAGCCAGCUACAGAUGGAAAGACUGCCAAAGAGGUGGAAGAUGCUCUCGGCGAAGCGGCAGCGCCUGUCAAAGACAUUGACGCAGAUGAUGAUGAAGCUGUCGAUGGUGUCGAGACCGACGAAGCUGAGACACCAAACGCCGAGGGACAAGGAUCCGGGGAGGAGGAAAUCGAUGCAUUGCUACCUGUCGAAUUUCCAGCCCUCGCACCUCACACUCAGCUUGCCAUGGCUAACAGGAAAGGAGGGCGAGAGUGGGCUCACAUGGUCGAUGUUAAUCGAGACAUCACAAACUUUAAAGAGCUUGUGCCAGAAAUGGCGCGUGAGUACCCAUUCGAGCUGGAUACCUUCCAGAAAGAAGCUGUCUACCACCUCGAGAACGGCGACUCUGUUUUUGUUGCAGCCCAUACCUCAGCUGGUAAGACAGUCGUUGCUGAAUACGCCAUCUCGCUCGCUGCAAAGCACAUGACCAAGGCCAUCUACACCUCACCUAUCAAAGCCUUGAGCAACCAGAAGUUCCGUGACUUCCGUCAGACUUUUGACGAUGUUGGUAUUCUGACUGGAGACGUACAAAUCAGACCUGAGGCUAGUUGUCUCAUUAUGACUACAGAGAUUCUCCGAAGUAUGCUCUAUCGUGGAGCUGAUCUGAUCCGAGAUGUUGAAUACGUCAUCUUUGACGAGGUCCACUAUGUCAAUGAUCUUGAGCGAGGUGUGGUUUGGGAGGAGGUCAUCAUCAUGCUUCCCGAGCACGUAACACUGAUUCUGCUCUCAGCCACUGUGCCCAACACGUAUGAGUUCGCCUCAUGGGUUGGAAGGACGAAAAAGAAGGACAUCUAUGUCAUCUCCACCCCUAAGCGUCCUAUUCCACUUGAACAUUACCUAUGGGCUGGAAAGGGAAUGCACAAGAUCGUAUCAGCAGACAAAAAGUUUAUCGACAAUGGCUGGAAAGACGCAAAUGACGCGCUUUCUGGAAAGGAUAAAGUCAAGGCACCGCCUGCUGCUAAGGAUGCGCCAACAGGCAGAGGUGGCGGGGGUCGUGGUGGACCUCCUGCCAGAGGUGCGCAGAACCAGCGCGGCCGAGGCCAGCAAAAUGGUGGUCGAGGUGGUGCCGGCGGUCGUGGUGGUGGUCCACCAGCUGCUAGGGGCCGCGGCAAUAUUGCCAGAACAGGCCGCGGUGGGGGUCGCACAACAGCAGCCCAGGAUCGAAACAUCUGGGUGCAUCUUAUCCAGCAUCUGCGUCAGAAGGAGCUGCUCCCAGCCUGUAUCUUCGUAUUUUCGAAGAAGCGUUGUGAGGAAAAUGCAGAUGCGUUGUCAAAUAUCGACUACUGCACUGCUGCAGAGAAGAGUGCCAUUCACAUGACGAUCGAGAAGUCUUUGGCCAGACUGAGCCCCGAGGAUCGAGAUCUGCCGCAGAUCAAGAAACUCAGAGAGCUGCUGAGUAGAGGUAUCGCCGUACAUCACGGUGGCAUGUUGCCUAUCGUCAAGGAAGUCGUCGAGAUCCUGUUCGCGAAGACGCUCGUCAAGGUACUCUUCGCAACGGAAACUUUUGCCAUGGGCCUCAACCUGCCAACGAGGACUGUUGUCUUCUCUGGAUUCCGCAAACACGAUGGAAGAGAGUUCCGUGAUCUUCUCCCUGGUGAAUACACGCAGAUGGCUGGUCGAGCCGGACGAAGAGGUCUCGACAGUGUCGGCACAGUGAUCAUCUGCGCACCAGGGGCUGAUGAAGCUCCUCCAGCAGCUAGACUGCGCCAGAUGAUGCUGGGCGAACCGACUAAACUACGAUCGCAGUUCAGGCUUACCUAUAACAUGAUGCUGAACUUGCUGCGCGUCGAAGCCUUGAAGAUCGAGGAGAUGAUCAAGCGCAGUUUCAGUGAAAAUGCGACACAGGCAUUGCUGCCAGAACACGAGAAGAAAGUCAAGCUGUCUGAGGCUGAUCUAGACAAGAUCAAGCGCGAGCCUUGCAAAAUCUGUGAUAUUGAUCUAGAAGCUUGUCAUCAGGCCUGCGAAGACUACAAGCGCCUGACAAACGAGACGCAUCUCAGUCUUCUUGGGAACCCCAUGGGCCGUCGUGUAUUCAGCAAGAACCGACUCAUUGUCUAUAAGAAAGACAACAUGCGUACGGUUGGUAUGCUACUCUCGGACGGACCCAGCAAGGGCAAUGAGCCUACUGUCAAGGUCAUGGAGAUCGCACAGAAUCUCGAGCGAAAGCCCGACGAUCUACUGCCCUACAUUGCAGACUUUGCAAAGUUCUUCCGCAACUUGCCGACAAACCCCAAGGACAUGAUUCUGAAGACCGCAUACAUCCCCCUGAAUGAUGUCGAGUGCUUUACCAAGACCACGAUUGACAUUCCCGACAGCAUCCAGAACAUCACCAAGAAAAAGGACUUGAUGAAGCUGGCACAGGACCAGUUCAUUCCUGUGUGCACUUCAUGGAAUUAUGAAGACUGGGAUGAGUACGAUUACAGCCGCAUCAAGAAUCUUCAGUUCCGCGAAACACAGGAUGCGAGACGCAAACGCGGCCAAGACGCUGUUCACAAAGAGUGUCUACAGUGUCCCGACUUUCUCAAACAUAUCUCUAUGGAACAUGAUCAAUGGGUCAUCAAGGAGAACAUUCUUGCCAUUCGCCAGCUCAUGUCUGAUCAAAACCUCCAGUUACUGCCUGACUAUGAACAGAGGAUACAAGUGUUACGCGAGCUCGGUUUCAUCGAUGAAGGGUCACGCGUAGAGCUGAAGGGCAAAGUAGCGUGCGAGAUUCACUCCGCCGACGAACUUGUCCUUACGGAGCUAGUUCUCGAGAACGUCCUCGCGGAAUACGAGCCCGAGGAGAUAGUCGCUCUGCUGUCCGCAUUCGUGUUCCAAGAAAAGACCGACACCGAACCCACGCUGACCAAGUCGCUCGACCGCGGCAUAGCCAAGAUUGUGGAGAUCUCGGAACGAGUCAACAAGGUUCAGACGGAGUACCAGGUCAUCCUGUCGGCAGAUGACUCCAAUGACUUUGUGUCCAAGCCCCGCUUCGGCAUAGUUGAGGUGGUUUACGAGUGGGCCCGCGGCAUGUCGUUCAACCGCAUUACAGACUUGACGGAUGUCAUGGAAGGCACGAUAGUACGGGUCAUUACGCGUCUAGAUGAGACGUGCCGCGAGGUCAAGAACGCCGCGCGAAUUAUAGGCGAUCCCACACUGUUCCAGAAAAUGGGGACUUGCCAGGAACUUAUCAAACGGUACGUUGUUUAGUUCCCUUCACUAUCAGCAAGCAUGGACACCCCAUGUUUCGCCGUCGAUCGUGACUUUUGAGCUGACUCGUGGCACAGCGAUAUUUGUAACUGUGCGAGUUUGUACCUCUAGAACCGAGGCGUUUCAGACGAGAUCCCGGGUGCCGGUGUUGGUGAACCGAAGUGUG